ACACACAAAAAAAAUAUCUCAAAUUCUCUCCCCUAUUAAAGACUAUACAGAUAAAAAAAAAACAUUUAAAAAUAAAACGAAGUGAAACUGAAACACGACACGGAUUGUGUAAAGAAACAACAAAAGAGUUUUAAAAAGAGAAAAGAAAGAAAAAAACAAAGUUAUCUUUUCUGGUUUUUGAGUUUGUUAGAUUCUCUCUAUCUUCUCCUUGUUUUGUAAAAACCAGCAUCAAUGGCGGAGAAAGAAGAAGAACAUCAACAAAAGCAACCAUCAACCGGAGCUUCAUCACGUCCAACGAUCUCACUCCCUCCUCGUCCCUUUGGAGAAAUGUUUUUCAGCGGUGGUCUUGGAUUCAGUCCUGGUCCUAUGACCCUCGUCUCCAAUCUCUUCUCUGAUCCUGAUGAACUCAAAUCUUUCUCUCAGCUUCUUGCCGGAGCUAUGGCUUCUCCGGCUGCUGCUGCUGUUGCUGCCGCCGCUGUUGUUGCUUCUGCUCAUCAGACAUCCGUGAGCUCUGUCGGUGGAAGCGGCGGUGAUGUUGUUGACCCGAGGUUUAGACAAAACAGACCAACGGGGUUGAUGAUUACACAGCCUCCGGGGAUGUUCACCGUGCCACCGGGAUUAAGUCCGGCGACGCUUCUUGAUUCUCCGAGCUUCUUUGGUCUCUUUUCACCCAUUCAGGGAUCAUUUGGUAUGACACAUCAACAAGCUUUAGCACAAGUCACUGCACAAGCAGUUCAAGGCAGUAGUGUCCAAAUGCAGUCACAAUCCGAACAUACUUCCUCUACACAACAACAAGAGACUUCUUCUGAACCUAUGUCCCAGCUUCCUGCCCCGGAUCAGGGAGAUACCAUGGAAGUAUCAGUCUAUGAGCAUCGGUCAUCACAGCCUCAAAACGCUGAUAAACCAGCUGAUGAUGGAUACAACUGGAGAAAAUACGGGCAGAAACAAGUCAAAGGUAGCGAUUUUCCUCGGAGUUAUUACAAAUGUACACAUCCCUCUUGUCCUGUCAAGAAGAAGGUUGAGAGAUCUAAGGAUGGGCAAGUGACGGAGAUCAUCUACAAGGGUCAGCAUAGUCACGAGCCUCCCCAAAACAAGACUAAGAGAGACAAUUCUAAAAGUUCUGAUGUUGCAACUCAGUUUCAAACCAGUAAUAGUGGUCACAACAAGACCAGAAGAGACCAGGAAACAAGCCAGGUUACUACAACAACAGAGCAGAUGUGUGAUGCAAGUGAUAGCGAGGAAACUAGUGUGGAACCUGAUCCCAAGAGAAGAAAUGUGGAAGUGCGGGUUACAGAACCAGUUUCUACAACGCAAAGAACCGUGACAGAGCCUAGAAUUAUUGUCCAAACGACGAGUGAAGUUGAUCUCUUAGAUGAUGGAUUCAGAUGGCGUAAGUAUGGUCAGAAAGUAGUCAAAGGAAAUCCUUAUCCAAGGAGCUACUAUAAGUGUACAACACCAGGAUGUGGAGUAAGGAAACAUGUAGAGAGAGCAGCAAACGACCCUAAAGCUGUUGUGACCACAUACGAAGGGAAACAUAACCAUGACGUUCCAGCUGCUAGAAAUAGCAGCCAUCAGUUAAGACCAAACAACAAUCUACACGGCACCUCAUCGGUUAAUUUGAAUCAAAAACAGCGUGUUGCGCGUUUGAGGCUUAAAGAAGAGCAAAUCACUUGA